AUGGGCAAAAUCGACGAUUUGAGGCGAAAGGUCGCCGAGGCCGAGGCCGAACUGCAAAACCUCAAGGAUGAGCUCGCAAGGGCGGAAAAGGAAGCUCUCGACGCAGAGACGACUGCCCAGCAACCCUGGAAAUGGCCCCUGCAAGCGGAGGAGUAUGAGAGGUACGGCCGGCAGCUGAUCAUCCCGGCAGUGGGAGUCAAAGGUCAACUCAGGUUGAAGAAGUCCAACGCUCUCAUCAUCGGCGCGGGGGGCCUGGGAUGCCCCGCAGCCGCUUACAUCGCCGGAGCAGGGGCCGGUACCAUCGGUCUGGUCGACGGAGAUGUGGUUGAGGUAUCGAACCUUCACCGGCAGGUGGCUCACUCGACCGAGAGGGUCGGGAUGUUCAAGGUCGACAGCGCAAUCACAUAUUUGAAGGGCCUCAACCCAACUGUCACAUAUCAUAGCCACAAAACGCAUCUAACGCCCCAGAACGCCGAAGAAAUCGUCUCGCAGUACGACAUCGUUCUCGACUGCACCGACCACCCGACGUCCCGCUACCUGAUCUCCGACAUCUGCGUCCUCCUCCAAAAGCCCCUGGUCUCCGCCUCCGCAUUCCGCACAGACGGCCAACUCAUCAUCCUCAACUCGCCCGCAGCGCCCCAAGGAAGCUUAGAAGGCGGCCCUUGCUACCGAUGCGUCUUCCCCAAGCCGCCACCGCCCGAUAGCGUAGUGAGCUGCGGCGAGGGCGGCAUUCUCGGUCCCGUCGUCGGCGUGAUGGGUGUUCUCCAAGCUCUCGAGGCCAUCAAACUCAUUGCUGCGGGCGCCGUUGACCCGGAUGUCAAAGUCAAGGAAGCGACUGCACCGUCGCUCCUCAUCUUUUCGGGAGCCGCGCCGUCGGGUCCCUUCAGAUCGGUCCGGAUGCGCGGGCGUCGGAAGGACUGCUUUGCUUGCUCAGGGGAAUCGACUCUGUCGCUUGAGACUCUGCGAUCUGGGUCCUUGGACUAUGUCUCUUUCUGCGGAGUCAGUGCUCCGAUGAACAUCUUGGGGCCUGACGAGCGCGUUACUGCGACUGAGUAUGAGCGUAUCUCUAGGGAGAAGAGUUCAAAGCACCUCCUGCUGGACGUAAGAGAGCGGGAAAAUUUCGACAUCUGCAGUAUAGACGGCGCCAUCAGCCUACCCAUCUCAACCUUCAUGAAGCAGACUCAGGCUUCGAAAGGCGGAUCACAGCCGCAACCAGAGUGGAUUCCCUCGGAUUUCCCCGCAGACGCGCCAAUUUACCUCGUCUGCAGAGUCGGGAACGAUUCGCAGCUUGCCGCAAAACGCCUGAAGGACCUGGCGUUAAACGAUGGCGGAAACCGCUUCAUCGGCGAUAUCAAGGGGGGCAUGAAAGCUUGGAAAGACGAGAUCGAUCCCACGCUGCCGUUCACAUAA